CUUAAUUCCAGUCACAAAAGAAAGUCGGUUGCCCAUGAUCCUGUUCAUCACAGCACUUUAUUAGUGACAACCAAGUUCUGAAGCGGAGCUAACUAACUUCUGUCUAACAGGAUUUAAACAGCAAGCCUGGGGGAUAUUCCACCCUGAGAGCAGGAAACGGACAGAAUACCUGGGAUUGCACGAUGAUUGGAAAGUGGUAUUUUCUCCUAUCAAUUCUGCAAGUUGUAGUGUCAGAGGAAUGGACAGCCGACAUUCAACAAGAAGUUACAGUGCGGAAGGGCCUGUGUGCACACAUUCGGUGUCAAUACAGCUAUCCAUCACGUCUGGCAAAUGACCAGCGGGUGGGAAUCUGGUUUAACUCAAAUAACCUGUUUUCAUGGUCACAGAUAGCCUUUCAUUCCAAGAAUAGCAGUCAUAUAAUGCCAAAGUAUCACCAUCGGACCUGGCUCUCUGGAAACCUGAAUGACAAGAACUGUUCCUUGAAUAUAAACAAUGUUACACAGGAAGAUGAAGGUCCUUAUCACUUCAGAAUUGAAUUUAAAGACCUGGAUCGCUAUAGCUACUCCACCAUAACACAACUACGUGUUGAUGUGUCAGGGCAAAGCAGAGCCAAUACUCCAAGAGUUGUGACAGCACAGAGGGGCCUCUGUGCCUUUAUUCCAUGCCACUACCAAUCGGAAAAGAAGACCCGAGAUGGAAUCUGGCUGAAGGAUGAGUGCUCGACUCAAACAGUCAUCUUCCACUCCAGUGAUCCCAAUCGUGAGUCACCAGGGUUUCACCAUCGGACCCGGCUGUCUGGAGAUCUAAGGAAUGGUGACUGUUCCCUAAUUAUUGACAACGUCACAGAGAAGGAUGAAGGCACUUAUUACUUUAAAAUUGAAUUCGGAAAAGGGGAGCAGUUUGUCCACCUCUCCAUAACACAUCUCCGCAUUACUGCAUCAGAGAAAUGGAGAGUCCACGUGAAAGAAAGUAUCACAGUGCAAAGGGGUAUGUGUGCUUGGAUUCCCUGUCACUUCAGUUACCCAUCGUGCCUUGCAAAUGAAACACGGGAUGGAAUCUGGGUUAAAGGAGGGAAUCAGAGCCACCUGCCCGUAGCCUUUCACUCCAUGGAUCGCAAUAAAGAGACACUGAAGUUCAAGCGUCGGACCUGGCUGGCCGGAGACCUGAAAGACGACAACUGUUCCCUGGUUAUAAACAAUAUCACACAAGAAGAUGAAGGUUCUUAUACUUUCAGAAUUAAAUUUAAAAACCAGGAUCAAUAUAGUUAUCACUCCAUAACACAGCUGAAUGUUACUGUGUCGGAAGAGUGGAGAGCUGACACUCCACAAGAUGUGACGGCGCAGAGGGGUUUGUGUGCUCGGAUUCCAUGCCACUACAGUUAUCCAUUGCACGUGGACAAUAAACCCUGGGAUGGAAUCUGGAUGAAAGAUGAAUGUCUGACUCAAACGGUCACUUUCCACUCUAAGCAUCAGAGUCGUGUGUCCCCGAGGUUUCAUCGUCGGACCCGGCUGUCCGGAAAAAUGAAAGAUGGCGACUGUUCCCUGGUUAUAGACAAUAUCAUGCAGGAAGAUGAAGGUUAUUAUUACUUCAAAAUUGCAUCUGAAAAUGUGGAUCGACAUAGCUAUCUACCCACAACACAGCUCCAUGUUACUGAUUUCACAGAUAAGCCCUCGAUAUUCCCCGCUGAAAUGGUUGCAGGAAAGCCAGUGAACAUAAGCUGCACCUUCAACAUCACGUGUGGUGGAUCGACACCCAACUUCACCUGGAUCACCCCCACAGAUGUAUUGGCGUUAAACUCCAGCAGUGUAACUGAGUGGGGUGACACUCUGACAUAUACAGCUGUUCUGACCCUCACCCCAGCGCUCAAACACCACGGGCAAAAUCUCACCUGCAGAGUCAAAUACCCACCUGUUUCAUCAGAGCAGACAGUCACACUGACUGUGCGGUUGGAGCUCUCAUUGCAGGAAAUGCUGAUCGUCUCACUGGCUGCUGCAGCAGGAGUUGUAGCCCUGAUCAUCUUGGUGACUCUGACUUGGUUCGUUCUUCAGUCCCGAUGUAGAACUAACAGACCUGUUGGAAAUAGAGGAAAACCAGAGGACAAAUCUGAAACGGUGCUGGUGAGAGAGAGGCUGAAGAUGGAGGAACAUUAUUACACGAACUGUGCACAGCCUGAACUGACCCAGGAGAAGGCAAAGAAAGAUCCAGAAUACAAACUGAACUGGAAUGAGAAUGCAGAUCACAAUGUGUAUGAAAACUUUGAUGAGGAUUCGAUAUAUGCGAACAUGUAAUUGUAUCAAGAUCAGGAAAUGCGCUGGAGAGGAACAAUUGAAAUCCCACCUCUCCUUCUAAGAAUCCACAAGAAUUCAUCUUCAAAAAAUACUUCCAAUCACACUGGAAAAGAUGCUUUGAAAGAUGUUUUGGAGCAAUGAAAUAAUGAACAUCAUUCUUACUGCUUUUAAUUCUUUCCUUCCUUUGCAGCCCUGGUGAAGGGUCCCAGCCCAAAACAUCAACUGUUAAUUUCUUUCCAUAGAUAGAAACAUAGAAACAUAGA